CUAGUAGAUAUUCACGCCCUACAUAGUGCACUAGAUACUACGAUUCAGACACGGAUGAAAACCGGCCAUUGAGUGACGGCGGAAUGCAGUUUAGACAGUUGUUUUUUUUAUUCUGGUUAGCAUUAUAGCUGAAUACAGUUAGGUUUUUUUUUCGAGUUAUUAAAACUUAAAUUGAAGUUGAAUGAGGAUUUAUUUUCCGUCUUCAAGCAGCAGUGAAACGAUGUUAGGAACUAUCUGGCAGUACCUGUACACCUUUUAUUUGCGAUUCUGGUUUAAAUGGAUUCUCAGACAAAUCACAGGAAAAUGUGAGCUGCAGCGGAUCUGCCAUGGAUAUAAGCCUGGAGCAGGGAGGACCACACGGAUCGAAAAUUCCUUGAAUUCUUCAAAAAACACGGUGCUGCAAGAAGGUGUAAGUGUGAAGGAGGAUGCAGUUGAGGCAUGUGUGACACAAAUCAUAAAAGUGAAAAAUAUCAACGAGCAAAAAGAUCCCAAGUUUAAGGUGAAUCUUCAGCAGUGCCUCAUUCAAAUAAGCGGCUAUAACUUGCUGUUUACAACAGUUGAGGAGCUGAGGAAAGAGGUGUUUAACUCUGAAAAUAUAAAACAUGAGAAAAUGCUUCUUCAGUUGUGGGAUUUGCUGAUGCCAUCUGUUAAACUGGAGUCUCGAAUAACCAAGCAGUGGGGCAACAUCGGCUUUCAAGGUGAUGACCCAAAGACCGACUUCAGAGGGAUGGGCAUGCUUGGCCUGGUAAACCUUGUGUUUUUCAGUGAAAAAUACACCAAAGCAGCACGGCACGUCCUGUCCCACGCCAACCAUCCCUCACUGGGGUACUCCUACGCCAUAGUGGGUAUUAAUCUGACCGAGAUGGCCUACAGUUUACUGAGGAGUGGAGCUUUGAGGCCACACCUCUACAACACUGUGGCAGGAAAACCACUCCUGCACCACUUCCACCAGCUUUACUGUUACCUGGCAUACGAAUUUGAUAAGUUCUGGCUGGAAGAAAAGCCUGCAAGCAUUAUGGAGUUUAACAUCUACAGAGAGAAGUUCCAUGACAAGGUGAAAGAGCUACUUCUGGAGCCGGAGGUGUCCCUCGUCUUAAAGAUUGAUCCUAAAAACUACCCAGAAAACUGAGUUUUUUUCCUGAUUAAACAAUAAGAUGACUGAAUAAUAGCUUUUAAGGACAUCCUGUUCCUCUGCUUCCAUGUUUAUAAACACAGUAACCAGUAGCAGGUUUCUAAACCUUAAGUUCAUUCCUGAGAACAAUACUGUAGAGCUGAAUUUUUGUGGCCACCACUUACUAAUAGAAUUUUUAUUUUGGAGAUACUUAAAAUUAUUAACAAGUUCUCUUUGUACUUGAAGUUUGAGGUCUAUUUAUGGUUCCUGUCAGUUCUCUUAUGGUGUACAUCUCAGGAAUUUGAUAUUAAUGACGAUGUAGAAAAUUGUAUAUGAUAGAAAUGAAACUUUGUUUAAUUGUCUUGCACAUGGACAGUUCAGUGUGUUCUUGCAUGUUUUAAUGCGUUUUUUUUGUUUGUUCGGUUUAUACAUUUAGCCCAACAGAUUAGUAUUUCAGCUUUAUAACACAUAUUAAUGGUUUAUGUAUUUAAUGUGUUCUGUAAUUAGUAAAAGUGGAAAUACUACUGUACCAUGUCUGAUUUGGAAAAAUAUAUAUACAGUUAAGCAAUUAA